AGCGCCGCUACCGUCCUCUGUGGCUGUAGGAUACCGACUUCCGGUUCCGCCGGAUCCGAGGCGGGGCUUAGGCUAAUGGCGGCGCCCGCGAAACUGACGGGAGAGGGUAUUGGGGAGAAUGCGGCAGAAGAGGAGCCACGGGUUCUGGAACCCGGGGCCGCUCCGUUCGGAAAUUUCCCUCAUUAUUCCCGCUUUCACCCUCCAGAGCAACGGCUUCGUCUCCUGCCCCCGGAGCUACUUCGAAGGCUCUUCCCUCCCGAGCGUUCCGAGGCAAGGCCGAUCCUGGGGCUCGACGUGGGGUGUAACUCCGGGGAUCUGAGUGUGGCUCUAUACAAACACUUCCUUUCCUUACAUGAUGGGGAGAACUGCUCAGAUGCCUCCAGAGAACUCCGUCUCCUAUGCUGUGACAUAGAUCCAGUCCUGGUGGAGCGAGCUAAAAAAGAAUGUCCUUUUCCUGAUGGCUUGAAUUUUAUCACCCUGGACUUCAUGAAUCAAAGGACCCGGAAGGUUCUCUUGAGCUCCUUCUUAAGUCAAUUUGGACGUUCAGUUUUUGACAUUGGCUUCUGUAUGUCAAUAACCAUGUGGAUUCAUCUGAAUCAUGGGGACCAUGGCCUGUGGGAGUUCCUGGCCCAUCUUUCCUCCCUCUGCCGCUACCUCCUUGUGGAGCCACAGCCUUGGAAGUGUUACCGAGCAGCUGCAAGGCGUCUCCGAAAGCUGGGACUCCACGAUUUUGAUCACUUCCAUUCCCUUGCCAUCCGAGGUGAUAUGGCCAAUCAGAUUGUGCAGAUCUUGACCCAGGACCAUGGCAUGGAAUUAGUAUGCUGCUUUGGCAACACCAGUUGGGACCGAAGUCUUCUACUCUUCAGGGCAUCUGAUCCCUGAAUCACUGAUAGAAGAGAAAGAAAGGAACAGAUUAAGAUUCUGGAGGCAGUAAGAUGGGAAGACAGAAAAAGAUACUGAAAAGGCUUUUAACUUGAGAAUUAUGCUCACUGUCCUGGAACAGUGAGGGAGCCUGAAAACCUAGCAGAAGCUUUUGGCAAAAUGUCCAAAGCAUGCAACUGAAAGAAUGUCCGUUCCCCAUUAUUUGGGACAAUCCCUGAGGAGAAUGAAUCCAAAGAUCAGUGAGCAAGGGUAUCUAGAUGAAGAAUAUGAUCCUUAGUUGUAGGAUGUAGAAUAGACUAUUCCUAGGUUUCUGUUUGUGGUACUGGUGAUCAAAACCAGGGCCUGUGCAUGGUAGACAAAUGCUCUAGCACUGAUCCAUAUCCCCAACUCUUAAAGGUCAUUAAAAAUUUGACCAGGCUUAGCUGGGUGCAGUGGCACAUGCCUGUAAUCCCAGUGGCUCAGGAGUCUGAGGCAGGAGGAUCACGAGUUCAAAGCCAGCCUCAGCAAAAAGCCAGGAGGUAAACAACUCAAUGAGACCCUGUCUCUAAAUAAAAAACAAAAUAGGGAUGGGGAUGUGGCUCAGUGGUUGAAUGCCCCUGAGUUCAAUCCCUGGUACCCCAUUUAAAAAAAAAAAAAGCCAAUCAUGAUUGCUGGAACAAGCCUGCAAUCUCAAUGAUACAGGAAACAGAGGAGGAUUGUCUCAAAAAAAUAAUAAGGACUGGGAAUGUCUCUCAAUAGUAAAGCAGUCCUGAUUUCAAUCCCAGGUAAUCCAAAAAAAAAAAUUUUUAUUUUUAGGUGUUUUUAAUUAGGCCUGCCUUUGGGCAAAACCUCACAAUGCAAUCUGUAAUGAAGAGCCACUGACCUGACUAAAGGAAGUGGUCAGUAGGGAAUGUAUUUUCUCUUUCUGUGGCAGUUCAAGUCUCUAACAUGCCCAGGCUUGGCACAGCAAUUAUAGAUACUAGGAAAGAUACAUUAACUAGAAUUUGAAGAUGCUUAACAGGUUUAAAUUAUGAACCCAGAUGUACUAGUUCAGGUCUGGAAUAGGACUUAGAUGUUCUAUUUUGUUGUAUUCUUUUAUUGUGGUAAACUACAUAUACAUAUAACAAAAUUUACCGUGCUGACCAAUUUUUAAGUGUAUAAUUAAUGUAACAUUCAGCAUAUUCACAGUGUAGAUUCUAGUUGUUUUUGUUUUUGUUUUGCUAUCUGGAGUACUGGGGAUUGAACUUGGAUAUGCUCUACAACUGAGCCACAUUCCCAGUCUUUAUUUUUAUUUUGAGACAUGGUCUCUAAGUUGCUGAGGCUGGCGUUGAACUUACAAUCAUCCUGCCUAGCCCAAGUUACUAAGAUUACAGGUGUAUGCCACCGCACCCUGAAGGAUUCUGUUUUUAACAGGCUCCUUGGGUUUUUUUUUUAAAUUUUUUUAUUUAUUUAUUUUUAUGUGGUGCUGAGGAUCAAACCCAGUGACUCACACAUGAUAGCAAGUGCUCUGCCACUGAGCUACAGCCCCAGCCCCCUCAGAUGAUUAUGAUACAAGCAGUGGACAACACUUUGAACAUAGGGUUUUAUUGUGUUCCAUCCAGCCUUCUACAUAUUCUUCCAUGGGUGAUUUCUUCUACUCUCAGGCUUUUAACAACUACCAACAUUAAUGAUCCCUGAAUAUACUGGUAGUCCUACCCCAGUUUCAGACUAAUAUUUUUCCUGUCUUAAAAUCAUGAUCCCCCUAAAUAAAUCCUUAAGACAUCUUAAAACUCACAUAUCCCAAAAGCAAACUCAUUAUCUACCCUCUCUCCAAACCUAAUCCUAUCACAAUUUGUGGCAUCCACUGCUCAAAUCAGAAACCUCAGUUGACUCUUGGGUCAUUUAUAUCCCCAUGCUGAAAUAAUCUUUUUUGUUUUGGUACUGAUGAUGAAACUCGGGCACUCUACCACUGAACUACAUCCACAGUCCUUUUUAUUUUUUAUUUUGAGAUAGGGCUGGCUGAGGCUGUCAUCAAACUUUCAAUCCUCCUGCCUCAGCCUGGGAAAUCCAGUCAAUUCUACAAAUAAUAAGUAAAUUUCAUUCAUUCCAUCCAUGUGGAUGAUGCCUACCAGGGGUUUCUAUGUUAAGUCACCUACCUUCUAGUCCAUUCUCUGCUUUGCAACCAUAGUUUACUCAUCUGUACAACUGAAAUAACACCUAGCCAGCAUAGUGGUACAUGCCUGUAAUCCAGCAGCUUGGGAGGCUGAGGCAGAAAAUUACAUAAGCAUGGUGCAGACUACAAUUAUACCUGGUGGAUCAAAGGCUUAUGUGAAAAAAUCAUCAUAGAAAACUCACAUCUUACUAUGUCUAAUAAUUAGUUUUUCAGGAUGCAGUAAUAAGGAGUUCAGCUUUAGCACUACAGAGCUGCUUUUUUCUCUACCUUUCUUUGGGGGAUGGGGGGCAGACGAGAGAUUGAACCCAGGGUCACUUAACCCUUGAGCCACAUACCAGGCAUUUGUUUUAAUUUUUUAUUUUGAUACAGGGUCUUGCUAAAUUGCUUUGGACCUAAAUUGCUGAGGGUAUUGAACUUGGGAUCAUCCUACCUCAGCCUCCCAACUCACUGGGAUUACAGGUGUGCAUCACCUUACCCAGCACUACUACAGAGCAUUUCAAAUGAAGCAGUGUUGGGAGGAAGGGAUAUGGAGCUAAUGUCCCUUAUAUUAUAUAUAUGAAAUAAUAAGACCAGUUUUUAUAGGGCUGAGUUUACCUAUUCUUUAUAGAUCUUAAUUUAAGAAUACUUGGAAACCUUGCAAUUCUGCAAGGUGGCUCUCUCCUAUCACCCUUCACCAAGGCAGUGCAAAGAAAUGUAUAUGGGGCAGAGAUAGGCUAAAUAACAGACCCCUAAGAUAUCCAAUACCAUUUCUUGGAAACUACAAAUGUUAUCCACGCUGUGUGCAGUGUAGUCAUAAUGACUCAGGAGGCUGAUAUAGGAGGAUUUAAGUUCCAGGCCAGCCUCAGCAACUUUAACAUGUCUCAAACAUAAAUAAGUAAAAAGGAUUGGGGAUGUGGCUCAGUAGUAAAGUGCCCCUGAUUUUGAUUCCCAGUACCAAUAAAAACAAACCAAAAAAUUGAGGUUAACUGAGAUAGCAAAAGGGACUUUGCAGAUGUGAUUAGACCACAGUAGAAGAUGUGAUGACAGAAACAAGAGGUUGGAGUGAUGAGAGGAAGGCCUGCCUGUAAACCAAAGAAUGCAGGCAGUUUCCAGGAGUUAGACAAGGCAAUAAAUUCUUCCCUGGAGCCUCCAAAAGGAAUGCGAAAAUUUUGACUUUUAGAUUUUUGGCUUUCCAGACUAUAAGAAUAAAUUCGUUGUUUUAAACCAC